UGUAGCCCACUCCCUCCUCAGUCCCUGAGGCCUGACUCCCGGUCCUCUCGCACCAUACGCCCAUCUCGCUGCGGCGCAUUCUAGAGAACAGCGUAUCAUGCGCGAAAACCGCGAACAUCCUCCCUGCCUUCGACAUAGCAAGCAGUAGUCCGAAGCCGGUCCUCUCUCUCUCUCUCUCUCUCUGAGGCCACAGUUCUAGCCGUUAUGUCAAUGGUCAAAUUCUAGGGUUCAAGGCGGUUUCUUUUGCCAGAUUUGAAUGCAAAACCAGUCGAGCGAUUCGAUUUUGUUGCCAUUUUUGUCAAUCGACUGAUCUGGAAGAGAAAGGUGGAGUCACUAUUCUCAUCUGACUGGACUUCAGAUCAAUCUUAUCCAAACUUUCAUCCAAGGGGGAACACCAUCUUCUCCCCUGAGAAACCCUAAUUCUCCAUUCAGCAACCUCAUCCUUAUGCAUCCGCAGAGUUUGUGAAGUUUCAUCUCAUUCUUCAGAGCAUAUUUUUCAAGGUGCCAAGAAACGUAGGUUCUAGCACUUUAUUAUCCAGUUAAGUCUUUGCUUCAUCAAUCUGGGGCUUCUUAUUAAAGUGGGUAUGCAGUUGCAGUAGAUGCAGGAGCAUGAGAAUCUUCUUCUUGAUCUCCUUGAGUCUACUCGAAGAUGCUGCUCUUUUCUGAAGGGAUGGAUUUGCAGCUUGAUUUUGAGGCACUGCAUGGUCCCAAUUCAGACUCCAGUCAGCGAUUUUUCUAAGUUUUCCACUGAAAGGAGAAGUCCUUAUUUAGCUUCUAUGGCUUCAGUAGAUCCAAUAGAAAUUAAUUCAUCAGAUAGUGAAGGUGAAGUUCUCCCAGAAAAAGAAACAUCAUUUCCAAGGGGAUCUGCUGCUUCUUCCAUUCCUUGGAAGCUUCCAUCUUGGGCUUCUACCUCCAGCUCUAAUUCACAUGGUUACGGCGAAUCAUCUCAAAAGCUUCUGCUGCCUAGAACAUAUGUUUCUAAUAAAGGGCCUGCAGAACAAUUUUUUCCUAGUUCUAGUGACAAGGGAGUGACAUUGACCCAGCACUUUGGGGAAACAGAUGUUCCCAAGCAUUUGGAAGAGAAUCAGAAUGUGGGUCAGCCAGUUGAUCCAGAAAAGCUUUCAUCCCAAGAAACCUUAAGGAGGAAGCUUCCAGCUUUGCUUCAGUUUUCUGCACCAACUACUAAACCAAAAUUUUCUUUGGAGAAUGGGGAUAGCAGUUGUAUGUCUGAUGCUUAUGGAAGAUCUAAUCAUUCCGUGGGUACAAAUGUAACGGAUUUUAAUAUUUACAUGAAAGACAAUUCAGACAGGGUUGAUGAUGAAAUUGUUAUGUAUGAAAGUAGUGGAAUCAGGGUGCUGCCUUCAUCUUUGGUGCAGGGAAGAUCUGUUAGUAGUACACACUAUGCUUGUUCAAGUAAUCCUGUAUAUGUUUCAGGUUUAGGAGACGAAAAACCUAUGGAGAAUGAUGAGAGACUGAUUUUUCAGGCAGCACUGCAGGAUCUUUCUCAGCCAAAACUAGAGGCUACUCCACCUGAUGGUCUUUUGGCAGUGCCUCUUUUAAGACACCAGAAAAUUGCCUUGGCAUGGAUGCUUCAGAAGGAGUUACCUAAUUAUAACUGUUUAGGUGGAAUUCUAGCAGAUGAUCAGGGCCUUGGUAAGACUGUAUCGAUGAUUGCCCUUAUACAAAUGCAGAGGCAUCAACAGCCAAAAUCAACUUCAGAUGUUCUAUGCAAUCCUGGAACUGAAGCAUUGAGUUUGGAUGAUGAUGAUGACGAUGAUGAUGUUGGCACUUUUGAGCCUGAAAAAUUAAAGUGUAGUGGAGAAUCUGAUGGUGUCAAAAUGAUUUCAGAAGUAAGUACUUCUGUAACUGCCUUUCGAUCAGGAAGGCCAGCGGCAGGCACAUUGGUUGUCUGCCCAGCAAGUGUUCUUCGUCAAUGGGCCAGGGAACUAGAUGAUAAAGUUGCUGAUGGUGCUAAGCUCUCUGUUUUGGUCUAUCAUGGAGGUACUAGGACCAGAGAUCCUGUUGAGUUGGCAAAAUAUGAUGUAGUUCUCACUACUUAUUCUAUUGUAACUAAUGAAGUUCCAAAGCAACCUCUAGUUGAUGACGAAGAAGGUAGUCAAAGAAUUUCUGAAAAGUAUGGACUAUCUUCUGAGUUUGUGAUGAACAAGAAAAGGAAAAUGGCAUCUAAUACUGGUUGUAAGAAGGGAAAGAAGGGUAAGAAAGGAAUUAAUGGUUCGAUUAUUGAUUCAGACAGUGGUCCACUUGCAAGAGUGGUUUGGUCUAGGGUAAUACUGGAUGAAGCUCAAACCAUAAAAAACCACAGAACUCAGGUAUCUAGAGCUUGCAGUGGCCUCCGAGCCAAAAGGAGGUGGUGCUUAUCUGGAACUCCUAUACAAAAUGCAAUUGAUGAUCUGUACAGCUAUUUCAGAUUUUUGAAAUAUGAUCCAUACACUACCUAUAAGACAUUUUGCGAUAAUAUAAAAUAUCAAAUAUCCAAAGAUCCAACCCUUGGUUACAGGAAGCUUCGAGCAAUUCUGAAGCCCAUAUUGUUGCGCCGUACUAAAGGUACACUGAUUGGCGGGGAACCUAUUAUUAACUUACCGCCAAAAGUAGUACUUCUAAAAAAGGUAGAAUUCACUUCUGAGGAGCGGGCCUUCUAUUCCCAGCUUGAAGCAGAUUCAAGGUCACAGUUCAAGGAAUAUGCUGAUGCUGGCACAGUGAACCAAAAUUAUGCAAAUAUUUUAUUGAUGCUUUUGCGUCUUCGUCAGGCUUGUGACCAUCCUUGUCUUGUUAAAGGAUUUCAUUCUGAUUCUGUGGGAAAAGCUUCCUUUGAGAUGGCUAGGAAACUCCCAAGGGAAAUGCUAAUUAAUCUAUUAAAUGUUUUGGAAACUACAAUUUGUAGUGUAUGCAGUGACCUACCUGAGGAUGCUGUUGUUACGAUAUGUGGUCAUGUCUUUUGUUAUCAGUGUGUAUCUGAAUAUUUAACGGGUGAUGAUAACACAUGCCCUGCUCCUCAAUGCAAAGAACAACUUGGUUCUGAUGUUGUAUUUUCUAGAGCUACUUUAAGAAGUUCUAUUUCUGAUGAUCUUGGUAGUUAUUCCAAGAAUGCUUUUGAAGUUGCUGAGAAAUCUGUAGUUCCACAGAAUAUAUAUAGUUCUUCCAAAAUCAGAGCUGCUCUUGAUAUUCUAUUGUCUCAUUGUAAAUUAAAAGAGUCAAGUGCGGAAAUUUAUUCUGAAGGAUGGAGGCAUAAUGAAGUUUCUUUAUCUUCUGAAACUACACACUCGGAGCAGUGCUUCUCUGAGGUUAAUGCUGCAAAACAAAGGGAGAUAGAUUCAAACUCUCGAAGUGAAGGAACAACCAAGGCCAUUGUUUUCUCCCAGUGGACUAGGAUGCUGGACUUACUUGAGAUUUCACUGAAAGAUUCUUUUAUCCAGUACAGAAGACUUGAUGGGACGAUGUCCUUGGCUUUGAGAGACAAGGCUGUGAAAGAUUUCAAUAGUGAUCCAGAGGUGACUGUUAUGCUGAUGUCACUCAAAGCAGGAAACCUUGGCUUAAACAUGGUUGCUGCUUGUCAUGUUAUUCUUCUUGAUCUUUGGUGGAAUCCAACAACAGAAGAUCAGGCUGUUGAUCGGGCGCAUAGAAUUGGGCAGACUCGUCAAGUAACUGUUUCACGUUUAACUGUUAAAGAUACGGUGGAAGAUCGGAUUUUAGCUCUCCAGGAGGAGAAGCGAAAAAUGGUUGCAUCUGCACUUGGAGAAGAUCUAACUGGUGGCUCUGCUACUCGUCUUACAGUGGAUGAUCUUAGAUAUCUAUUUAUGAUCUGAAUGUGGCUGCUCAGAUCUCUUUUUAUAAUACGCCGGUAUUCCCUGUGCACUUUUGUUUAGCUAACAAAAGUCAAUGAAGUCAAACCUAAAUCCAGAUGGUUAAAAUGGAAUGGAUGCUCUGGCUGCAUAUCAUGCCACUCAGCAAGUUGCUUAACCUGGAUGAGGAAAUGCUAAUUAUCGUGAUCUACUGAUAAUUGGUAACUGAUUGAGGCUUAAAAAGCAAUUUUGUUGUUCUGAAUUGAAGAUAUAGUGAAAGAAAAAGAAGACUGACUGUAUAUAGAAAAUCAGUCUUUGGGUUAAUUAUAACCAUUUACUUGUGUAAUACUUUUGUAAACACCAGGUUAGGCAAAAACGAGGGAAAAAUAUGUAGGGAAGAAGCUUAGGACACAAAUACCAAGAUUAAAAAUAAUACUGUUACAUAUUAGUUUCUAUGACUAGCCAGAAUGAAGACCGAUUAAUGGCUUGUAUUUAUGCUACAACAUUAUCUACAACAUCUUCAUAGAUAAAUCUCUGAGUAUAUUAGAAGGCAAUUUUAAGAUGUGCA